AUGCGGGGUCCUUUCCCACCCCUGGCCCGGGCGGCCUGGUGUAUCCUUGGCUUCUCAGCGCUGGCUCCGUUGGGAGAUGCGGCUCGCCUCGGGGAGUCCCGGGCAGGCGAAGCCCGUGAGGCCCGCGAGGCCCGGGACAACGUGAACGCGGUGCAGGAGCUCCACAGGUAUCGCGCGUUCAAUGAAAGCGGCAUCCGCCUGCUCAUGGAAGGCGAAGACUUGCCUCUCGUGGAGCCGUCCAGUUUCACGGAAGCUCCUCACAAAGACAAAGACGUGCAGCUUCCAUAUGCAUGGCGCUCGAAGUUGCAAAUCGUCAAAUGGCUGGGGGCCGGCACCUUUGGAAAGGUGUUCAAGUGCAAAGUUCUUUGUGAGGCGAGAAGAGAUGUCUAUGUGUCCGUGAAGUACAUCGAGGAGAAGAGCAAGCUCGUUAGAACGGAGAUACGUGUCCUCAACGAGAUGACGGGCUACUCAGACUUCUGCAUUUCAGCGGUCGGAUCGGAAUCGUACAUCGAGGAUUCCAACGGUUUCUGGAUCAUGAUGCCGUACAUGAACCAUGGGGACUUUCAUGACUUCAUCAAGCAGUGCCAAAGGAACCCACUGUGCAUGAAUUCGGGUAGCAAGGAAGGCAGAAGAGACUUCACAAAAGUCGACCCCGCCUUCACGGAUGCCUAUAUCUUGGUCCUUUUCCAUGACAUCGUGGCCGGCACCGAGGCUCUGCAGACCAAGACCGGGAGGAUCCACACUGACUUGAAGCCGGCCAAUGUCAUGGUGAAUUGCCAAAACCACAUGUGCUUUGCGGCUGUUAUCGACCUCGGCCUCGCCUGUGCGAUGAAGCCAAAUGGCUGCCACCUUGGAGGCACACCGGUUUACAUGCCACCAGAGACCUUCAAGCAGCAAGUUGAGGCAUUGUCUCUUCCCGCCCGAGAUGUUUGGGCUUUGGGUGUCAUCCUGUACCAGCUGGUCUAUAACAGAAAUCCCCCUUUCUUCUCCGACCCAAAAGGCAUGGUUUACCACUAUGAUGUUACGAAGGACCCUACAAUCGCCGGAACGAAAAAGGUAGACUUUCUCAUCAUGCAGAUGUUGGCCAACCACUACAAAAAGCGCCCGUCCUUGGCAAGUAUUCGCAAGGAAUUGGAGUACUUGAUUGAGGAAGCAGCUGCUCCUCCCAUCAGAGGACCGAAGUUCAAUCUCGGAGACCCCGUUGAGUACUUCAGUGUUUCUUACCUCCAGUGGCUCCCUGCAAAGAUCGCUGCAGCCAAAGACAGCAACCACUACGACUUGGAUAUCAGAGCAGACGCUCCUGUGGAACAUCUCCGGCCCCGACGGCUCCAUGCAGAUGCCUUAACGGAGGUGAGGGUGCUCCGGGAUGUCGGAGAAGCUGACGAGGCACAGAGUACCCCGCGGUACCAGAGAAAUGAUCGGGUCGAAUGGUGGAGCAAAAGAUGGCAGACAUGGCUUGACGCCAGAGUCUUACUGGUCAGGGAUGACGGGACUUAUAAACUGUCAAUCACAAAUUCUUCUACGGAAGAAGAGAUGCGCUGGCUAGGAGAGACCGCCUCCCUAGCCACCACUACCACGACCACCGCCACCACCACGACAGUCCCCAUCGAGGUGAAGAUGCUCCACUCGAACGCCGUCGAGCGUGGUGCCGCCUUAAAGAUACCAUUUUGUCUUUGA